ACCGCCCCACUGCCAAACUAACCCCCACUAGCCGCGCGUCCUCAGUCCAAGUGUUAGUCUCGCGCGCGCCCAGGUGGGGGAGCGUGUCUGCUUGCUUGUGUGCGUACGGACGCGCGCACGCCAGCCAUGACGAACCAGGACGUGGUAUUCUCGGUCUCGGACAUGGGCAUUGCAGCGGCUGCGGCCAUGCCGGGCGGCUCCGGGCGCGCGCUCUUCGUGUGCCGCGGCGCCGCGGGCGCGGUCUCCUCGCUGCGGGGCGCGUACGGGCUCGACCUCCCCGUCGACGACGAGUUCCUCGGCGCUCGGGGCGCCCCGGCUGCGGCGCAUGAGCCCGCACGGACCUGCACAGGCUGGGUCGUCGAGUCCAUCCGCGCGUCCUCGCCGACCUGCUCUCCCACCGUCGACGAGUACGCCGCGUGGACGAGGAAGCACCCGUCGGCACUGGGCAGCUUCGACCAGAUCGCGGCGGCGGCGAAGGGGAAGAAGAUCAUCAUGUUCAUGGACUACGACGGCACGCUGUCCCCGAUCGUCACCGACCCCGACAUGGCGUUCAUGACCGCCGAGAUGAGGGCGGCGGUGUGCGGCGCCGCGAAGCACUUCCCCACGGCGAUCGUGACCGGCCGGUGCUUCGACAAGGUCUACAGCUUCGUAGGCCUCUCGGAGCUCUACUACGCGGGCAGCCACGGAAUGGACAUCAAGGGCCCGAACUCCAAGGAGGACAAGAAGGUCCUGUUGCAACCGGCUCGCGAGUUCCUGCCGAUGAUCGACAAGGCUUACAGGGCCCUGGUGGAGAAGACGAAGGCCACGCCGGGGGCCAGGGUGGAGAACAACAAGUUCUGCCUGUCCGUGCACUUCAGAUGCGUGGAUGAGAAGAGAUGGAGCCGAUUGGCCGAGCAGGUCAAGGCCGUGCUCCUGGACUUCCCUGAGCUGAAGCUCACCGAGGGCAGAAAGGUCUUGGAGAUCCGGCCGUCGAUCAUGUGGGACAAGGGCAGGGCUGUGGAGUUCUUGCUCAAAUCGCUUGGAUUCGACAACCGCAGCGACGUCCUGCCGGUGUACAUCGGGGACGACCGGACCGACGAGGAUGCUUUCAAGGUGUUGAGAAAGAGAGGUCAAGGUCUAGGGAUCCUUGUCUCCAAGUGCCUCAAGGAGACUGACGCCUCAUACUCUCUCCAGGAUCCCACUGAGGUCAUGGAGUUCUUGCUCCGGCUGGUGCAGUGGAAGCUUCGGCGAUCACCGUCAGCGACGCGCCCAAGGCCGGCACAGUAGCACAACGACAGAUCACGGUUGCAGCUAGCUCUGAUUCUGAAGAAGUUUAAGCGUGUUUAAUUAGUUAAUUAUUAACUAAUUGUACUACCUGUCUAAUAACCCUCCCAUACAUACCACCAUGUCAACCCUCCAGAUAUGAACCGGCAGUCCUAAUUGCUUUUGCUGUAUGGGUUUGGGAGGCAGGCAUCCAUGUGCAAAGCUACCUGCAGCCGUUGACCCACGGAGGUUCACCUGUAUGAUGUAUGAUGACCAUGACCCUGCACUCCUGUAAAAUGUAACAUAAGAAUUCUAAUAGCCGCUGCUUCCUUUCCUGAAGGAUUCAUUUCAAAUGUUUUGUCCAUUUGUAUGCACAUUUUGCCUGUUCAAAUAUAGCGUAAGCGAAUCACAGGAGGCACAAGCACGGCUUGCCACAUUCAGGUCGUCCUGACUCCAGAGACCAUAACAAGCUCACAGCAUCUCGGAAGAUUGUACUAUAUGCAUGGCUCUUAUAUGUUUGUUCAGAGACAAUGAGGACUGUUGACGCUAAAAUGCGUCGAAUAUACUUAUUUGAAACAAAAAAGAUAAUGAUGUUGGUUAUCUUGAUUGCCAUCCAUUUCUAGGGCACCUCUCCAUGUAUAGCAGAAAACUUGACUGACAGUUAAGAAAAGAAUCAGGCAACUUACAUAUAGCAAAACAUAAAACCGUUCCCUUGUUAAGCACAUCUUCAUGUGCAUAUGCUUGUUUCCCUGGGAAGAGAACAUAAAUAAAACAUAUCUCUGCUUGACGCAAUUCUAUUCAAUAAGUACAUAUACGUUGUAUAGGAUACUUAUGAA